AAUCUGUAAUUGAAGAUAAAGUGUACGUUUGAAUGUAAACAAAUACGCAUAAUACAGCUCAUUGGAUGUAUCUCUAUAAUCUAGUAUAUUUGAAUGUAUCUCUAAUCUAUAAUAGAAAAGUAUCGUAAGUUACUUAUACCAUUCACUUUGAAAGUUCGCACUCUGUUAAAAAUAAAGAAACAGUGUGCGUUUUGUUCUCGAAACUGCAUAGAACUUGUCAUUGAUGCAUCGUUUGAGCGAAUACGAAAUAUUUUAUUGAAAAUUAAGGAACCGUAAGACGUAUUGAAAAGAUACAAAUUCCGCGCGUAAAUAUUGCACACAUCUAUUCUAUAUGAAAACAUACAUAUUUUCCAUAAAUGUCAAAUCAGGUUCAUUAAUUUACUUUGAAACUUUUAAUAGAUUACAAAGAGAAAUAAAUGACUCAUAAAGCUACCAAUGCAUAUAUAUGUAUGUGUGCGUAAUUAUGUUUUAAGGACUAUCGCGUGUAAUCACAAGGGAUAUGUUUACUCAACGAUAAUUGAAAACAGAUAAUCUCGUGCAAUAUAAGUACAAAUGAAAUGAAAAACUACCAAAUUUUUAUUUUUAGUGAUUGAUAACUAUAUUUUUUUUUAAUAUCACAGUUAAUAUCGAAGUUUAAUCCACGAAAAAUGUUAAAUAUAUUAAAUAAUAAAUAACUGACGUACACCGACGACAUGAAAAAUCUAAAAUCAGUUUCAUUACAUCAUCAUUCAUUACAUAGUAUUGACCGAGUCUCUAUCGUCUCCGUCGUCGUAAGUGCCAAUUUGUGCAAGUGCGACAAGGACGUUUGUUUAAACGUUGUUAAACGUUCGAUAUCACAAAGUCAAGUCGAUCGAUUUAUAUACAUACAUAUGAUGAUUCUUAUUAAUAGACUUUCCUUUACUCAAAAAUUGCUAUGUAUCCCUAUUGCUGCUAUUGGAUAUUAUUUAGAAGGGUUUAUAUCCUGUCGUUAUACACCUCCAACUGCACCAGUAAUAGAGCAACGCGAAGAAAGAUUAUUAGCUAAUAUGAAUUCUAUGUCUGAUGAAAAAAGGCAUUCUCCGUUGGAAGUUAAUCUUCCACCCUCCUUGUCUAUAUAAUUAUUUAUAUAAUUUAAGUAUGUACUAGGAGAGAAUGUAAUAUAUAACAUACUUUUAUUCUAAUUAUUAGAACAUAAUAGUCAAAAUACAAUUGUAUCAUAUACAAAGAAUAAGUAUGUAUUUUCUAUGCUACUACUCCAAACUUGUAUAUAACAGUAUGACGAUAAAGCUGUCCAGGUUCAAGUAUGCUAUUUGGAAAAUUUUCCUGUAAGCAUUAAAGCAAAGAUAUUAACUUGAAAUGA